AUGAACAUACUAACUCCAAACAUCAAUCAUUGCAACGGCAUUCACGGUAGCAGCAACAACAACAACAACAACGAAAGCAGCAUCAAACAAUUUUACAACAACGUUGGCUGGGCGAGACUACCAAACAACAACGUCAACAAUUGUUUCCCACUCAGCCACAACAACUACAUCAACAACGUCAACAACAACAACUCAGUAAAAGAGUUAACGUCACCCUGCACUCCCGGUAGUCAAUUUUCUCAAUCUGACAGCAAUGUUGACGACAACGACGACGACAACAAUAGCAGCAACAACAACAACGACAACAGCAACAACAAUUUGGACGCCGAGGGCAUAUGGAGUGCCGAUAUUGAGCAGGCGUUCAUUGAGGCCAUGGCUAUCUACCCGCCGUGUGGAAGGAGGAAGAUCAUUCUAUCUGAAGAGGGCAAGAUGUACGGUCGCAACGAGUUGAUAGCUCGCUACAUCCGCCUGCGAACUGGAAAGACGAGGACACGCAAGCAGGUCUCCAGCCAUAUACAGGUCCUUGGAAGGAGGCAUAUCAAGUUCAUCAAUGCUGCUACCUAUAAGCCACAACAACAUCAACAGCCACAACAACAUCCCAACAACGCCGACAUCAACAAAAUUCAACGAAAGAAAUACAAUGACGCCGACCACUUGUCUUUUGCCGCAAGAUUUAACAUCACCCCGCCAUCAACAACAUCAACAACGACAACAUCAACAACAACAACAACAUCAACAACGACAACAUCAACAACAACAUCACGAAGAAGACUUCAAAUGUUACAUAGAAUCCAAAAACCCACUCACAACUUCCUCUGCAUCGAUCAAUCAACAUACGAUGACCAAGAAUUCGAGACGAUCGACAUACGAUGUAUCCAAGACAAAUUCCCAUCGAGCAAGGGCGGUCUAAAGGAUCUGUUCGACAGGGGACCCAACAAUUCCUUCUACCUCGUUAAAUUUUGGGCAAACUUGAAUUUAAACUUGGAUGACAUUUCUGGAUUAUUCGUGAGCAGGACAUUUUGCUCUGAGAUUCAAUCAUCCACGAAGAUCUGUUCGUUUGGAAGGCAGGUUGUCGAGAAAAUUGAGGUUUGUUGGUGUGAGAGGGAGCAAGGCAUCUUCGAAUACAAUUUCAUACGAUCCCCCAUGUGUGACUACCUGACCAGCUUCAUAUACAAACUCAGCCAGCUUCCAACGCGUCACAUGAUGAACAGUGUCCUAGAGAACUUCACCAUUUUGCAGGUUAUAACAUCAGUGGAGACGCAAGAAAUACUGCUAAGCAUAGCUUACGUCUUUGAAGUUGGAGAUUGCGAUAAGCAGCAUCACAUCUACAGGCUCACCUGUUCAUGA